UCAAAUUGUUCAUCCUGUGGUACUUGCACCACUAAAUUUCCCGAUAGCGUCAUGAAAAAAAUUAAUUUCAAUUCAACUCAAGGGUUUCAAAAGAAAAACGAUACUGUAUUACAUAUAAUCAUAGCAACAAACCAAUCCGAUUGGGAUCACGACCCUUUUUUAAACGUCAGCCCAUUAUCUCCCAAUUCACAUUCCUCAAACAUUGUUAAAUUAGUCAAAUCAUGGUGUGACAACUCUGAUAAUUCCUCCAAAAUUAAUGGCAAAAUUAAAUGCUCAGUAUCUGAUAUCCCCUUUGACGACCUUGACCAAGACUCAUAUGAAAAGAAAUCAACAAAUAUCCUAAUACUACCCUUUUUCAUUUGGGUCAAAAAGAUUCAUAUAUCAAAUUGCACCCAAAUCUUAAAUUUAAUCCUCGAUAAUUAUCUCAAUUAUAUCAAUGAUCUUAACACAAACUCGAAUUUAAAUAAAAUCAACUUAACCAAUCUUAUUCAAAAUUUAAAUUCAAAUUAUAAUUUCGGUAAGUCUGAAAUUCAAUUAUCAAAUAACCGUUCUUAUAUUUUUCUUUGCUCUCACAAAACUAGAGAUAAAAGAUGUGGUAUAACUGCCCCAAUUAUUAAAAAAGAAAUCAACUUAUACUUGAAAGAAUUGGAUCUCUAUAGAUCUUCCAACGAUGAUAGACCUGGAGGUAUCAACGUUUAUUACGUUAAUCAUGUUGGUGGCCAUAAAUUUGCUGCUAAUAUGCUUAUAUUUAAUAAAACCGGUGAAAUCAUUUGGUUAGGUAAAUUGAUUCCCAAAAAUGUUAGACCAGUUAUCGAUCAAUCUGUAUUAAAUGGCAAAAUAUUUCCUGAAUUUCUAAGAUCAGCAACAAAA